AUGGGGAACAGCCACUGCGUCCCCCAGGCCCCACGGAGGCUCCGUGCCUCCUUCUCCAGGAAGCCCUCGCUGAAGGGCACCAGAGAGGAUGGCUCGAGGAGGUUGGCUGGCCUGUUUGGCAACGAAGCUGGCCCUGACGGGGAUGCAAUGGCUGACAAGAUCCUGUACUACAUCCCAGGGAUGGACAUCCCAGGCCUAGAGAGCCAACGAGAAGCCAUGGACCAGCCAUUCCUGAGUGUUUUCAAGAAAGGACGGCGGAGGGUGCCCGUGAGGAACCUGGGCAAAGUCCUAUACUAUGCCAAGGUCCAGCUGCGGUUCCAGAACAGCCAGGACACCAGCGACUGCUACCUGGAGCUCUUCCCUUCCCACCUCUACUUCCAGGCCCACGGCUCUGAUGGCCUCACAUUCCAGGGGCUGUUACCACUGAUGGACCUUCGUGUCUGCCCAAUAGAGGGGUCCAGAGAGCAUGCCUUCCAGAUCACAGGCCCACUGCCCGCCCCCCUGCUGGUGCUCUGCCCCAGCGCCCCUGAGCGCACCCGCUGGCUCUACCACCUGGAGAAGCAGAUGGCCCUUGCUGGGGGGCUGCGGCGUUGCCACUCGGAGCCCCCCCAGCGACGGCUGACGCGGCUGCGGACAGUGUCGGGACAUGAGGCAGGAGGCAGUGCCAUCUGUGCCUCAAGAGUCAAGCUGCAGCAUCUGCCCUCACAGGAGUUGUGUGACCGGCUCCUGGUCCUGUACCCGACCUCCCUGGCCAUCUUCUCUGAGGAACCAGAUGGGCUUUCCUUCAAGGGGGAGCUCCCACUCAGCGCCAUUCACAUCAACCUAGAGGAGAAGGGGAAGCAGAUCCGCUCUUUCCUGAUUGAAGGCCGCUUUAUCAACACUAUCCGUGUGGUGUGUGCCAGCUAUGAGGACUAUGGCCACUGGGUGCUCUGUCUCCGGACUGCUGCCCUCAGGGAAGGGGGUCCUGCCCUGCCAGGGCCAGUGCCGCAGAUACCCACACAGGUUGUACAUGGCGGCCGAGGCUCUCUCUCCUCGGAUGGACGGACUAGCUGGGGCUCUGGGUGCCUGGCACCCCCCUCCACUCGCACCAGUCACUCCCUCCCUGAGUCCACGCUGCCACCACCCCCUGCAGGCUGCCCUGCCCAGCCUGGACCCGACCAGGCUGAUCCAGGCUACGCCAGCAUCAGCCCCCGGAGGUCAGAGCUGAGACGAGGGGGCAGCAGCAGGUCACCCAAGAGAAAGGCCCAGGGAGAGGGGCCCGUCCCAUCCGCUCCGCUACAUUUAGACCUGGACCUGACCAAGCUGAGCAGGCUGAGCCUAGAAGGAGACCCAGACGACCCUGGGGAGACACCACACUCCCCACUCUAUGCUGAUCCCUACACCCCACCUGCCACCUCCCACCACAAGAUCACAGAUGUUCGGGGCCUGGAUGAGUUCCUCAGCGCCAUGCAAAGCUCCUCUGGGCCAGAAGCAUCGAGUGCCUUCCCAGCUGUCCCUGUGUCUGUGCCUGUCUCUGACCCCAGCCCUGGCCCUUCUGGCUCUCCUGGCCCCUACCUGCUGCCCAAGAAGGGAGCCCCGCAGGGUCGUAACUCUCAGAGACACCGAAGUUCCUUCAAGGGCAGGGGGCCAAGGCCUCCAGAUUCCCCUAAGCUUGUCUCCACUUCGAGGGAAAGUUCACCUGACCCCCUGCCACCUCCCCCAGCCAGCUGCUCCUCCCGGAGGCAUGCAGGUCCAAGCUACAACAGUGUCUGGGAUGAGGCCACAUCGCCCUCCCGCCAGAAGUGGCCCCGGCCAGGUGCACCUGAGGCCGAAGGAGCCCUGACCCAGUGGAUCUGA